GUAUCAUUUUAUACGAAACCGCGAAGUGACAAAAGUUUUAUUAGUUUCCGUUCUUUCUUGGCAUUAAGUGCGCAAGCGCGGUGAUUCCACAACGCCCAGUCGACAAUAGGCGCCAGUUAUACGACAUCGAAACAUCAGGCAUGGCUGAAGAAAGCAGCAACGAAUACACGCCUCUCGACUUAAGCAUGAAGGACAAAGCAACACCAAGUGCAAACCGUGACGGUACCCUGGACGCUUCAUCUACUUCGAGCGCCUACACAACUAUUUCCGACGAGGCCUUGCGUUUCCAGAGGAACACGCAGCACACGCCUACGACCGACGAUAGCUGCAACGACGACGGUGUCAUUGACGAGGUCGGAACAUGUUGCCAGCCACUGGAGCACAUCAGGAACAUCGGUAAGGUAAUGCCCAGCACAAGCCGCGCUGGCAUAGAGGAACCAUCAGCCAAUUCUGAAGACGGCGUUACGAGUGCUCCUGGAACCGGAGGACGGGAACAGCGAGAGCUGUGCGGUGUAUGUGGCAAUGUUUCGAGCAAAUGGGAAGCCUUACAGAGGCACGCCAAGGAACAAGCGGAUGACACAGCCAACAUUUGCAAAGCAUGUGGUCAAGCUUAUGUGAAGAAGUCUAAGUUUGUAGAACAUUGCCGCAACCGUAGUGACAAAAAACACAAAUGCGAAACCUGUGGUAAACAGUUCCGCCGGACAGAUUACCUAACUAAACAUUACCGCACGCACACCGACGAGCGACCCUACAAAUGCAAAAUCUGUGAUAAAUCAUUCCGGCAGCCUAAUCAUCUAGAUAACCAUAAGCGCACGCAUACAAACGAGAGAACGCACAAAUGCGAAAUAUGCAAUAAAUCAUUCCGGCGGUCUAGCCAUCUAGAUAACCAUAAGCGCCAGCACACAGGUGAGAAACCCUACAUUUGCGAAACAUGCGGUAAAUCAUACAGGCGGGCGGAGAGUCUUCAUAGGCAUGAGCACGCUCACGCAGAGGAGAAACCUCAUGCAUGCCAAAAAUGUGGUAAAUAAUUUGAAAGAAAAUUUAACCUCGAGAGACAUGUAGACUCCCAAUGCGCAAACUGAGCUUUUGUUUGCGAAAUCUGUGAUCGAUUCUUUAUGAACAAUUCGACUCUUCUUCGUCACCGCCGAACAAAGCACGUGGAUAAAACGCCUUAUGAGUGUACGCAGUGCGGAUGUCGUUUUGCA